GAUACUCAUUCAAACAAAUCAGCGCGAUUAUCACUUAUAAAACAAACAGACAUAUAUGUUUUGUAAAGUUGGUUACUAGCUAACGUUAUGUCUACAAAGAAACUGGCCAAAGAACUAGGAUUAUUGAGGCAGCGGAGUAAAUCCUCUAAUGGGUCAAAUAAAUCACUGUUAUCAAAUCAGAUAUUUUCAUACCUUAUUGUGAUUGAUUUUGAGUCAACUUGCUGGAGAGACAAAACCAACUACGGCCAGGAAAUUAUUGAGUUUCCUGCUGUUCUGCUGAACACAUCCACAGGGGAGAUCCAGUCCGAGUUUCAUACUUAUGUUCAACCCCAAGAGCAUCCCACACUGUCCGAGUUCUGCACCGAGCUGACCGGGAUUACACAGAUACAAGUUGAGGCAGGGAUCCCCCUUCAGAUCUGUCUUUCUCGGUUCAGUCGCUGGCUGCAAAAACUGCAGCUGGAGAUGGGUGUGGUCUUUCCCAACAACCCACAGAGAUCUUCUGCACCUUCACCUUCUCAAAAACUGUGUACUUUCGUCACAUGGUCAGACUGGGAUCUGGGAGUUUGUUUGCAGUACGAGUGUAAACGCAAGCAGCUCCAUAAACCUGAUGUGCUCAACAGCUGGAUAGACCUGAGAGGCACCUACAGGCUCUUUUACGACAGGAAACCCAAAGGCCUGAACGGGGCACUACAAGAUCUGGGAAUCCAGUUUUCAGGGAGAGAACAUUCUGGUUUGGAUGACUCCCGAAACACAGCUCAGUUGGCAGCGAGGAUGAUGAGGGACGGGUGUGUGAUGAAGAUCACUAGGAGCCUGGAGAAGAUGCCAUUAAAGGUCAAACCCAUGUUUGGAAACACAACUGCAGACAACAAAAAAUCCAACAAAGAUAAAGAGGAGAACACACCUACUACGAACAAACACUCAUCAUUACAGAUUCCUCCAGAAUCAUGUCAGACAAAAUCAUGUCCAGAGAACAUUUCAAAGGAUUUAGACACAAAGAGCAACGCAAGUUCUGUACAGAUCUGCCAAAGCCUGAUCUCACCAAAGACGCUGCUGAAUGGUACAACUACGCCUCUCUGGGGAUGCAGCAGGAGGUCAGUUAAUAAUAUUUCCUCUGCAGUUACGGUUAACUGUCCUUCACCACGCAAUAACAACAACAACAACAACAGCAGCAGCCUUGUUCUGUGUUCUACUACUUUGGGCUGCCUUUCAAAUCUGCCUCAGCUGUCAACACAGGGAGCAACAGCAGAAGAGGAAGGAGCAGAACUGUUAGUGGAAACUGAGGACAGGUGUGGUUCAUAUGACGAUGUGGUGUUGGAGGGUGAAGAUGAUGUAAUUCUGGAAACGGAGAGAGAAUUUGAUGCUGAUUAUGUGGCGGAUUUUGACAGUGGAUGCCAUGUGUGGGAAAAGCGCGAUGGAGCACAUUCAUCUUUGGAUCAGGUUACAUUAAGAGACAAAACAAGGGACGUAGUGAGCGUUGGAGACAACUUUAAAACGCCAAAGAUGAUCAGUGGGUCCUCGACGUUGAAUCAAUUUAAUAAAAUCAGGCAGCAUCCAACGAUCCCAGAGCCCAAUACUUAUUUCGCUGUGCCGAAAGCCGUUCCUCGGGACUCCAAAGCAAAUCAGCACAAAACAGGACUUAGAAGCUUUCUACAAGGACAAGAAAAGCCAGACAGGCCUCAUAAAAUCCCCAAAACAAACACACCAUCUCUACUCAGACACAACCCCUUCAUCCCAGAAAAGACCUCCACCCCUUUCACCUCAUUCAUCCGGCCCAAAGCAGUCGUCACAAAGCACCAAGAGACUCCAAAAUCUUCCUUCUCCAUCUUCACCGACCCACCAAAACCCUCCCGUCCCUCCUCGUGUGUCUCUUUUUGCGCCUCCAAGAAUGUCCUCUCCUCUGUGUCGACCAACGUGAUCUCCUCACGAGCCAAUAGUUCCUCCAUCUCCGUGACAACGAAGGGAGGACAGAGGGUCACAUCCCCGCUGUGUGCUUGUGGGCGUCGGGCAAAGCGCCAGGUGGUGUCCAACGGGGGCCCGAACCAGGGGCGGGGGUUCUACUGCUGCCCGGUGCGGCGGUCGGGCGGCGGCGGUCUCAGGAUCCAGAAAGGCUGCGAGUUCUUUAAGUGGGAGUCUUCUCUGAUGAAGAACAGUUCGGCGGUCGCUCCUGCUGUCGGGUCUUCUGUCUCACUCUGUCAGAUCAACUCCACUCUGAGUCGUCGACCCCAGAGGUCAACUCUGAGAAAGAGCUACUAACGGAGUGGAGGGGGAAAAAAGCUGAGGGUGUUUGUUCUACCUCAGUCACAUAGACUUUGUGAUAACAUACUGUGAUGUUUAAACCAUUGCCGCAAAGACGGUUCCUCAAAUUUUUUAUUUUGGUUUAACUUGUUUGUCUAUAUAUGUUUUGUAAAACAAAAUAUAUACGUUUGAAAACAGGAUAGAUCUCUUAUGAACUACGUACAGUAGUACAAAUCAAAGCUAUAAUUUGAUUGACAUAGUUAAUGCUCAGGUAUAUUUAUUGAUUACAUUUUAGACAAUUAAUGAAAAUCUAAUUAAUGCUUUUCUUUAUUUCAUAUCAUGUCAUGAAAUAUUUUCCUAUGUUGUACAGUAAGAAUGCUAUUUUUGGAAAAGUAAUUUCAAAUGAAAUGUAAAAAAACGAUAAAGUGAUCAUGACUGUGUUUUGUGUUCUAAUCUUUCAUUUUUGCUCUUGGUUUUGAAGU